AUGACGGAACCAGCCGCGGUUCCUACAUUCCAGGCCAAGUUCAGCCACGAAGCGAAACUGAAGGAACUGCUCCACCGAAUCACCUCUCUCGAGAUAAAGCUAUGCUCCGAUGCCGCAAAAGAGUUUGCAAAGCUUCUGAAGUCCGAAACCGGCGGCGACCUACUCCGCGACUACGUGCGUGGGUCACCGAAGUGCUCGGAACUUCUCGAGGCGUGGAAGCUUCGCGAAGGAAAGCAAGGCAUGAACUACGUGUUCGACCUAAUCGCCGUGAUUCUCAACCACAGUGAAGGUAAAUACAACCGUAGCGACGGGGAGAGCGUGAAUGUGAGCAAAGACUUGGAUAAAUUUGCGCGGUUACUGAUUUCCGAACGGUUGAGUGAUAUCCACAAGGAGGUGAACAGCAAGGAGUGGCGCCGGCAGAGGGCGGCGCUGUCGCUCGCGGCCUCGAUUGUACGGCGCGGGGCCAGCUUGGCGUCGGAGGUCUCAAAGAGCUUCGAUUUCAAGCUGACGGAGUUCGGGAGGAUCGCGUCGGAGCAUCGGAGGAGGAGGCCAGAGGCAAGGGUAGGGUUGCUGCGGAAGUCUUUUGUGGGAUUUGCAAUGUCGUUUUUGGAGGUCGGGAAGCCGGGACUGUUGCGGUGGGUUUUGCAGCAGAGAGUGAUGUAUUCUGGCGUUCUGAGAGGGUUAGGCAACGAUGAUGAUGAAACUGUGGUGUUUGUGUUAACGGUGUUAAGAGAUAGGGUUCUUGUUGUGGAGUCGUUGGUGCCGCCAGGGCUUCGGAGUGUGUUGUUUGGGAGUGCUACGUUGGAGCAGUUGGUUGAGGUUUGUGGAAGGGAGGGUGGUGGUGAUGCUGCUGAGGUGGCGUUUGGGGUACUUGUUCGGGUUUGUACUGAUCCUUGCAAUGGUUUGAUGCCGGAUUCAAAAAUGCGGUUGAGGGGCAAUACUAAGAGGGUCUUGGACCUCAUGAAGAAGCUCCGGGUGACGGAAGUUCAGUAUCAUAGGGACUUGCUUUUUGCUAUUGUUGAGUCCAAGGCUUCUUUUGGGUUGUCGUAUUUGAAGGAGUUUCCUUACAACAUUGAGAAUUUUAAGUCUUCUUCAUGGUAA